AUGAUUGAUAUUUAUCCAAAUAUAAGAGUAAUCCCAACAACAGUAUCAACUAUUGAACCAAGCUUAUCAACAAAUACUCCUAGUUUUGUUACACUAGGCAUUGCAGCACAUGUUCGAAGUGAAUCAUAUACUACUGAAUAUCCUAAUAAUUAUAGUGUAGUUAUUACUAAAAAUAUAUUUGGUGUUCCUCAAUCUAAUCAAUGUGAACUACAUGAUGUAAAUAAUCAUUUUGUUGCUACAACAGAACCAACAGGUACAUAUCGUCAAAGAUAUGCACACUUGUAUACAGGAAAUCGAGUUAUUCUACGUAUCAUGUAG